AAAAGUAAUACCAGCCCACUGAAAAUUUGAAAAGUAUAUGGCAUUAAAAAGAGAAAAAUAACAUCCGAUAAUCCAACAAGAUAAACUCUCUAAAAUCUCUUUUCUCUUUUUAAAUGAAUAUGUUAAGCUUGAAAUAGAAUUUUAAAUUUAUCUUGAUGUUUUACUCAACAACGUAGAAGCAUCUUUUAUGUCAUUAUUUUAAGUCACAACCACUUUUAGUGAUGAUGAUUUAAAGAACCAUUUGCUUUUUCCUUACUGUUCCCUGUUUUUAGAUUUUUGGCUAGUGUCUAAUUUUUCCCUGUUAUAAAUAAUGCUGAGAUGAACAGAAUAUGUAGAUUUCUAAUAAUUUGCAAAUGAACAGCAUAUGAAAAACAUGAGCAAAAAUUUUGCAGUUAUAAUUACUCAACACAAGUUUUAAAUAAAUUACUUUUAUUUUGAGCAUUCAUUCUUACGUAUGUUAUAGGAAGUAAGUAAGAAGCAUUCCUUACUCCUUAGAAUUUUGUUUAUAAGUUAGUGAUGAAUUGGAAAGGGUAGCUUGCCCCUGGAAUUCUCUGAUAAGCACAGGUGAUGAGGAAAAUGGAGAAAUCCAAGAAUUCCUUUGUCUUUCCUUAAAAGGAGUCAACUUUAAGUGCAGUGCAGGCGUGCCCUCUAGCGGCCAAAUAAAAAAUAAAGAAAUACGGGAAACCUUCAGCAUUGUAACAAUCGCACGUCCCCAUCUAGUGGCUAACGUGUGUAAAUGCAGCUUUUCUAAUCACAAUAACGAAUGUUACUUGAUUUAUAUUUGUCUCAUGAGGUGAAGAACUGGGAGGAAUCUUAGAGAUCACGUAUUUCAACUUCCUCACGGAGUGGCAUGCAGGCAGCAGCCUUGGGAACCCCGAUUGCCCCUCCUCACACCUGCCCAUCAUAGGACUUGGGCGACGGGGUGGUGAAGUCAGGCUGUGGCCCCAGCGGCGCCACGAGGCCGAAAACCGGCGCUCAGCCUCAUCCCGGUGGCUGCAGAGUGCCAAGCGCCAGGUCCUGCGCUCUGGGCGCGGGUCAGAAGCAGCUGGCAAGGGCAGCGCAGCCUGUGGGCCCUUGGGCGCUGGCCGGCCGCAGCUCCGGGAAGCCACGUCAGCCCACGGGCGCUGCAGCUGCAGCCGCCACCAGCACAUGGAGCAGGGAUCCCCGAGGAUUGGGAAUCCCCGACCAGGCCUGCGCCUCCAGCCGCGCGGACCCCGGGGCCAGCCUGGCCGCGGCAAGUCAGGCAGUCUGCGGCAGGAGCGCCGGGCAUGGGCUUCGGCCGGGGGUGCAGGAGGCGCGCACCCUCCGGCCUGAUGGGGGCGCACUCAGGGCCCAGGAGGCCAUCCCACGGGAGCCCCGCCAGCCCCCGCCGGAGCCCGAGCUGCAGUGCCGCCUGCAAGUGGUGCCCUGGCUGCAGCUGUGGCAACCCCGGAUCCCGUCCUCCCGCCUCGCACCCAUCAGCGCGGACCCCGGGGGCGACGCAGUGGCGAUGUCGGGCUGUGGGCCCAGCGGUGGCACCAGGCGGAGAAGCACCACUCAACCCCAUCCCUGGGCUGCAGAGGGCCCAGCGCGGGGGGCUCCGAGCGUCGGGAGCCUGUGGAAGAGAAGAGCGCGCGGGCGACAGUUAAACAGGCCCUGGGGCAGGGUGCGCCUCGCGCUCCAGGGAGCCCCGCCAGCCCGCGGCACCUCCGCAGUAACCGCCGCCUGCACUGGGCGCGCGAGAGCUGCUAGGGCGGUUUCUCUGCCUCGGGCCUGUUGGGCAGGGCCGGCUAAGGUGCGCGUGCUCGCUGGUUCUAACCGUUCUGUUGGGCGUUUCUGCUGAGAGGCGGGAGGCGCUGAGAGUCUGUGCGAAGGUCCGUGGACAGACUGCUUUGCCUGCUGUUGCUCUUCGGAGGCGGCGAUCCCCGAAGGCGAGCUGAAAUACGGCUGCAGGCUACAAUUUGCAGCCGACCAUUAUGGAAGACGAGGAGCUGAAGAGGUGGCCCACCCUCAGGGACCGCUUGUGCUCGGAUGGCUUCUUAUUUCCCCAAUACCCCAUUAAACCGUAUCAUCUGAAGGGGAUCCACAGAGCUGUCUUCUAUCGUGAUCUGGAGGAACUGAAGUUCAUCCUGCUCACGCGUUAUGACAUCAAUAAGAGAGACAGGAAGGAAAGGACUGCCCUACAUUUGGCCUGUGCCACUGGCCAACCGGAAAUGGUACGUCUCCUGGUGUCCAGAAAAUGUGAGCUUAACCUCUGCGACCGUGAAGACAGGACACCUCUGAUCAAGGCUGUACAACUGAAGCAGGAGGCUUGUGCAACUCUUCUGCUGCAAAAUGGCGCCGAUCCAAAUAUUACGGACGUCUUUGGAAGGACUGCUCUGCACUACGCUGUGUAUAAUGAAGAUACAUCCAUGAUAGAAAAACUUCUUUCACAUGGUGCAAAUAUUGAAGAAUGCAGCAAGGAUGAAUAUCCACCACUGUUCCUUGCUGUGAGUCAAAGAAAAGUGAAAAUGGUGGAAUUUUUAUUAAAGAAAAAAGCAAAUAUAAAUGCCGUUGAUUAUCUUGGCAGAUCAGCCCUCAUACUUGCUGUUACUCUUGGAGAAAAAGAUAUAGUCAUUCUUCUUCUGCAGCACAAUAUUGAUGUGUUUUCUCGAGAUGUGUAUGGAAAGCUUGCAGAAGAUUAUGCCAGUGAGGCUAAGAACAGAGUCAUUUUUGAACUAAUUUAUGAAUACGAAAGAAAGAAACAUGAAGAGCUUUCUAUAAAUAGCAAUCCAGUGUCUUCUCAGAAACAACCAGCCUUGAAGGCUACAAGUGGCAAGGAAGAUUCUAUUUCGAAUAUAGCCACAGAAAUAAAGGAUGGACAAAAAUCUGGGACAGUGUCUUCUCAGAAACAACCAGCCUUGAAGGAUACAAGUGACAAGAACGAUUCUGUUUCGAACACAGCCACAGAAAUAAAAGAUGAACAAAAAUCUGGGACAGUGCUUCCUGCUGUUGAACAGUGUUUAAACAGGAGUCUCUACAGACCGGAUGCUGUUGCACAGCCUGUGACAGAGGAUGAGUUUGCUUUGGAAUCUGAGAUUAUUUCAAAACUAUACAUCCCAAAGAGAAAGAUUAUUUCUCCACGAUCUAUAGAAGAUGCGCUUCCUCCUGUUGAAGAGGCUGUUGACAGGUGUCUCUACCUACUGGACCGUUUUGCACAGGCUGUGACAAAGGAUAAGUUUGCUUUGGAAUCUGAGAAUAUUUCAGAACCAUACUUUACGAACAGAAGGACUAUUUCUCAACAAUCUGCAGAAAAUGUAGAUGCUGCAUGUGGCAUUGACAAAACAGAAAAUGGAACCUUGUUUGAAGACCAUAAUGUUGAUAAGGAAGGAAAAGCACUACCAGCAACUGGACAAAAAGCAAAUGUGUCUCCUGAGCAACCGCCUUUAUUCACGCAUACGGUGAAAGACAGAGAUCACAUUUCAACUAGAUUCUUAGGAAGUACGGAUUCACUAACUUCCAGUGAAGAAUCUUCUGAGCGACCUCCUUUAUCCACGCUUACUCUGAAAGAGGCAGAUCCCAGUUCAAAAGCAGCCAUGAGAAGGAAGGAUUCACCACCUCCAGGAAAAGUGUCUUCUCAGAAACAACCAGCUGAGAAGGCUACAAGUGACGACAAAGAUUCUGUUUCAAAUAUAGCCACAGAAAUAAAGGAGGGACCAAUAUCUGGGACAGUGUCUUCUCAGAAACAACCAGCUGAGAAGGCUACAAGUGACGAGAAAGAUUCUGUUUCAAAUAUAGCCACAGAAAUAAAGGAGGGACAACAAUCUGGGACAGUGUCUCCUCAGAAACAAUCGGCCCAGAAGGUUAUAUUUAAAAAGAAAGUUUCUCUUUUGAAUAUUGCCACAAGAAUAAUGGGCGGUGGGAAAUCUGGAACAGUGUCUUCUCAGAAACAACCACCCUCAAAGGCUACAAGUGACAAGACAGAUUCUGCUUUGAAUAUAGCUACAGAAAUAAAGGAUGGACUACAAUGUGGGACAGUGUCUUCUCAGAAACAACCAGCCUUGAAGGCUACAACUGACGAGGAAGAUUCUGUUUCGAAUAUAGCCACAGAAAUAAAGGAUGGAGAAAAAUCUGGGACAGUGUCUUCUCAGAAACAACCAGCCUUGAAGGCUACAACUGACGAGGAAGAUUCUGUUUCGAAUAUAGCCACAGAAAUAAAAGAUGGAGAAAAAUCUGAGACAGUGUCUUCUCAGAAACAACCAGCCUUGAAGGCUACAACUGACGAGGAAGAUUCUGUUUCGAUUAUAGCCACAGAAAUAAAGGAUGGAGAAAAAUCUGGGACAGUGACUUCUGAGAAACGACCAGGCUUGAAGGCUAAAAGUGAUGAGAAAGAUUCUGUUUUGAAUAUAGCCAGAGGAAAAGAGGAUGGAGAAAAAACUAGGAGAGUGUCUUCUCGGAAAAAAGCAGCCUUGAAGGCUACAAGUGAUGAGAAAGAUUCUUUUUCAAAUAUAACCAGAGAAAGAAAGGAUGGAGAAAUAUCUAGGACAGUGUCUUCUCAGAAACCACCAGCCUUGAAGGCUACAAGUGACGAGGAAGAUUCUGUUUUGAGUAUAGCCAGAGAAGAAAAGGAUGGAGAAAAAUCUAGGACAGUGUCUUCUGAGCAACCACCAGGCUUGAAGGCUACAAGAGACGAGAAAGAUUCUCUUUUGAAUAUAGCCAGAGGAAAAAAGCAUGGAGAAAAAACUAGGAGAGUGACUUCUGAGAAACGACCAGGCUUGAAGGCUAAAAGUGAUGAGAAAGAUUCUGUUUUGAAUAUAGCCAGAGGAAAAGAGGAUGGAGAAAAAACUAGGAGAGUGUCUUCUCGGAAAAAAGCAGCCUUGAAGGCUACAAGUGAUGAGAAAGAUUCUUUUUCAAAUAUAACCAGAGAAAGAAAGGAUGGAGAAAUAUCUAGGACAGUGUCUUCUCAGAAACCACCAGCCUUGAAGGCUACAAGUGACGAGGAAGAUUCUGUUUUGAGUAUAGCCAGAGAAGAAAAGGAUGGAGAAAAAUCUAGGACAGUGUCUUCUGAGCAACCACCAGGCUUGAAGGCUACAAGAGACGAGAAAGAUUCUCUUUUGAAUAUAGCCAGAGGAAAAAAGCAUGGAGAAAAAACUAGGAGAGUGUCUUCUCGGAAAAAAGCAGCCUUGAAGGCUACAAGUGAUGAGAAAGAUUCUUUUUCAAAUAUAACCAGAGAAAGAAAGGAUGGAGAAAUAUCUAGGACAGUGUCUUCUGAGCAACCACCAGGCUUGAAGGCUACAAGAGACGAGAAAGAUUCUCUUUUGAAUAUAGCCAGAGGAAAAAAGCAUGGAGAAAAAACUAGGAGAGUGACUUCUGAGAAACGACCAGGCUUGAAGGCUAAAAGUGAUGAGAAAGAUUCUGUUUUGAAUAUAGCCAGAGGAAAAGAGGAUGGAGAAAAAACUAGGAGAGUGUCUUCUCGGAAAAAAGCAGCCUUGAAGGCUACAAGUGAUGAGAAAGAUUCUUUUUCAAAUAUAACCAGAGAAAGAAAGGAUGGAGAAAUAUCUAGGACAGUGUCUUCUCAGAAACCACCAGCCUUGAAGGCUACAAGUGACGAGGAAGAUUCUGUUUUGAGUAUAGCCAGAGAAGAAAAGGAUGGAGAAAAAUCUAGGACAGUGUCUUCUGAGAAACCAUCAGGCUUGAAGGCUACAAGUAACGAGAAAGAUUCUCUUUUGAAUAUAGCCAGAGGAAAAAAGCAUGGAGAAAAAACUAGGAGAGUGUCUUCUCGGAAAAAACCAGCCUUGAAGGCUACAAGUGAUGGGAAAGAUUCUUUUUCAAAUAUAACCAGAGAAAGAAAGGAUGGAGAAAUAUCUAGGACAGUGUCUUCUGAGCAACCACCAGGCUUGAAGGCUACAAGUGACGAGAAAAAUUCUAUUUUGAAUAUAACCAGAGGAAAAAAGCAUGGAGAAAAAACUAGGAGAGUGUCUUCUCAUAAACAACCAGCCUUGAAGGCUACAAGUGACAAGGAAGAUUCUAUUCCAAAUAUAGCCACAAAAACAAAGGACGAACAAAUAUCUGGGACAGUGUCUUCUCAGAAACAACCAGCCUUGAAGGCUACAAGUGACAAGAAAGAUUCUGUUUCGAAUAUACCCACAGAAAUAAAGGAUGGACAACACUCUGGAACAGUGUCUUCUCAGAAACAACCGGCCUGGAAGGCUACAAGUGUCAAGAAAGAUUCUGUUCGGAAUAUAGCCACAGAAAUAAAGGAUGGACAAAUACCUGGGACAGUGUCUUCUCAGAGACGACCAGCCUUGAAGGCUACAGGUGAUGAGAAAGAUUCUGUUUCGAAUAUAGCCAGAAAAAUAAAGGAUGGAGAAAAAUCUGGGACAGUGUCUCCUCAGAAACAAUCGGCCCAGAAGGUUAUAUUUAAAAAGAAAGUUUCUCUUUCAAAUAUUGCCACAAGAAUAACAGGCGGUUGGAAAUCUGGAACAGAGUAUCCUGAGAAUCUGCCCACCUUGAAGGCUACAAUUGAAAAUAAAGAUUCUGUUCUGAAUACAGCCACCAAAAUGAAGGAUGUACAAACAUCCACACCAGCAGAACAAGACUUAGAAAUGGCAUCAGAGGGAGAGCAAAAGAGGCUUGAAGAAUAUGAAAAUAACCAGCCACAGGUGAAAAACCAAAUACAUUCUAGGGAUGACCUUGAUGACAUAAUUCAGUCAUCUCAAACAGUCUCAGAGGACAGUGACUCGCUUUGCUGUAAUUGUAAGAAUGUCAUAUUACUCAUUGAUCAACAUGAAAUGAAGUGCAAAGAUUGUGUUCACCUAUUGAAAAUUAAAAAGACAUUUUGUUUAUGUAAAAGAUUAACAGAACUUAAAGAUAAUCACUGUGAGCAACUUAGAGUAAAAAUUCGAAAACUGAAAAAUAAGUCUAGUGUACUACAAAAGAGACUAUCUGAAAAAGAAGAAAUAAAAUCGCAGUUAAAGCAUGAAACACUUGAAUUGGAAAAAGAACUCUGUAGUUUGAGAUUUGCCAUACAGCAUGAAAAAAAGAAAAGAAGAAAUGUUGAAGAGUUGCACCAAAAAGUUAGGGAAAAGUUAAAAAUCACAGAAGAGCAAUAUAGGAUAGAAGCUGAUGUGACAAAACCAAUUAAACCGGCUCUCAAAUCAGCGGAGGUGGAAUUGAAGACAGGAGGAAAUAAUUCAAAUCAGGUUUCUGAAACUGAUGAAAAAGAAGACCUGCUGCAUGAAAACCGCUUGAUGCAAGAUGAAAUUGCCAGGCUCAGGCUGGAAAAAGACACAAUAAAAAACCAAAACCUGGAAAAGAAAUACUUAAAAGACUUUGAAAUUGUGAAAAGAAAGCAUGAAGACCUUCAAAAGGCUCUAAAACGGAAUGAGGAAACAUUAGCAGAAACGAUAGCCUGUUAUAGUGGACAGCUUGCUGCUCUGACGGAUGAAAACACAACGCUCCGUUCUAAACUGGAGAAGCAAAGAGAGAGCAGGCAAAGACUGGAAACAGAAAUGCAAUCAUACCGUUGUAGACUGAAUGCUGCUCUAUGUGAUCAUGAUCAAAGUCACUCAUCAAAAAGAGACCAAGAGCUUGCUUUCCAGGGCACAGUAGAUAAAUGUUGUCAUUUACAGGAAAAUUUGAAUUCUCAUGUUCUGAUUCUUUCUCUGCAACUUUCUAAAGCUGAGAGUAAGUUCAGAGUCCUCGAAACUGAGCUCCAUUACACAGGAGAGGCUCUGAAAGAAAAGGCUUUGGUUUUUGAACACGUGCAAAGUGAGCUAAAGCAAAAACAGAGUCAAAUGAAGGACAUUGAAAAAAUGUACAAAAGUGGAUACAAUACAAUGGAAAAAUGCAUAGAAAAGCAGGAAAGAUUUUGUCAACUAAAAAAACAAAAUAUGUUGCUUCAACAGCAACUGGAUGAUGCUCGCAACAAAGCUGACAAUCAAGAAAAAGCAAUACUUAAUAUUCAAGCCAGAUGUGAUGCUAGAGUAGAAAACCUUCAAGCUGAGUGCAGAAAGCACCGUCUCUUACUAGAAGAAGACAAUAAAAUGUUGGUGAAUGAAUUGAAUCAUUCGAAAGAAAAAAAAUGCCAAUAUGAAAAAGAGAAAGCAGAAAGAGAAGUAGCUGUGAGACAGCUUCAACAAAAACGAGAUGAUGUCUUAAACAAACGAUCAGCAACAAAAGCUUUGCUGGAUGCUUCAUCGUGUCACUGCAUCUAUUUAGAAAAUGGGAUGCAGGAUUCAAGGAAGAAAUUAGACCAGAUGAGAAGUCAAAUAUGGACAUUUCUGGAAUUACAGAGCCCCCUCUACAUUGAGCACAAGACAGUGACGAAUCCACAUUCUUCAGCCAGAAAGUCACCUCUGAGAGCCAAAUGUCUGAUAAUAGACAAGAGUCAGAGAAUGAUAACGACAUCUCAGGAAAAUUGUGAAAAUAAUCAGCAACCGUAUGUGGAUAACCCUUUCAAAUUUCUCCAGGGCACCUGUCAUUUCAGCCAAUACUUGCCAGCUUGUGCCAAGGAUGCUGGAGCUGCCUGGGAUGAGUUUCCCAGGGAAGGAGCUGGCCGCCAUCUUUGCUGUUUGGGCGGCACAGACAUUCCAGCCUGUGGGCUUUGGACAGUGCAAACUGAUGGGGUAGAAGGGAUCCCCAGCAUAGCACAGCUGCUCUCCCAACAUGUGCCCAGAUUCUUUUUUUUUUUCUUUUUCUUUUCUUUUUUUUUUUUUUGAGAAGGAGUCUUGCUCUGUCACCCAGGCUGGAGUGCAGUGGCAUGAUCUCGGCUUACUGCAGCCUUCACAUCCCGGGUUCAAGCAGUUCUUCUGCCUCAG